AUGGCACGCGACAUUGUUGUGGGAAUUAUCUAUAAAGUGCUGCUUCCAUUGCUGUUGCUUGCAGCUAUUGCCUUUCGGUACAAUGGUCUCUCCGUGGUGUAUCUCCUUUUCCUCCUCUUCCUGCCCUUACUUCCAGAUCCUGCAGAGGCCUCCAUGGGUGGGAAACCUGGGACUUUUCUGGUAGCGAUCUGCAGCACGAGCGUCACUUUCUUGGCUCUGCAGUGCGGACUGCAAAUUACCUUCACAUACGUUCCUAGAAAUGUGGCUGGUUUUUGGGAGACUCUUUUCUACCACUUGGGAAUCGUAAGAUUCAGUGCAGUAGAUCCAUGGAAUAUCGUGCGUCUCUUAGCGCCAGACCUGGGGCUCUUUCUAUCUUCUCUGCUCAUCUAUCGCUUGUGCCGGAAGCUUCUUCGGGCCCAAGGCCAUAUGACAGGCCACGAGAAUUGCAUUAUGACAUCUAGUAAUGAGGUACCCAGCAAGGAACCUUCUGACGAUACCUCAGAGGAGGAAGACAGUGGCGAGACAGAUGAGUCGCCUUCAGACAGCUCCGAGGAGGACGGUACCAUUCCAGCUGCUCCUCCUCGCUUCAUCCAGAAGCUGAUUCUAUUUGCCGCAGGCUUGCGUCUUCUUCUUACAGCCCUCUUAAACACAGCUGGGAAAGUCGUGAUCACAGUCCUCCUUGGACUGGCAGGAAUUGCUCUGCCCUCCCUGACCUCAGCGGUAUAUUUUGGGACAUUUCUUGUCCUGGUGUGGCUGUGGAUCUGCUGUCGUCCCGUCGGUCUACUUGCCUUCUGCAGUUUGUGCGUGAUGAUGGCCAUUUUCAGUGCUGGACACAUCGUGGCUCUCUACCUCUACCAGCUGCCCUUCUUCCAGGAUGUCAUCUCACCACAGAACCUCUAUGCCAGGCUUUUUGGAAUGACAGCCUUCAUCCAGACCAACCACUCAAGUCCUCACAUCCUGGGGCUGCACCCCGGUGUCACCUGGCCCGUCUUCAUCAACCCCUUGGUUUUGCUGCUGCUGUACUACACCUUAGUGACUCUGCUGAAGAAGUGGGUUCCUGAGGAGGUGUGUUCAUGCUAAGUGUCUAAUGGUAUGGAAGAAGAUUCUGCUUGUCAGCUCCCUGAAAACACCCUGCCCAGAAUGGUUUGGCUCUCUGGUGACAAGAAGAAGCUUCUGGCCAGCAUGGAUGAUGACAAUGAGCCUGUAGCCAUCCUGAUGACUAGCUCAUGGACCGAGACGGAGAGACCAAGACAAUCUUUUGCAGAAGACGAUGCACAUAAUCCAGGAUACUGUGACUGUCAAAUUCCACCGGCCUAUAGAGAGGUGUCUGCCGAUCCCGAGCCAGUGGAGUCAGAAGAGUCGGAGGAAGAGGAGAGUGACCACUACACAGAAACUAGUGCAGAGAGUGUACCUGAGCCUGCAAAGCCCAGUGGGCUGGCUUUGUUUGGCCAGUUCAUCAUGAAGCAGAGCUACAUCAGCGCUCUCAUUGUCAUGAUGGUGUGGAGUAUUACUUACAACAGCUGGUUAACGUUUGUGCUGCUGGUGUGGUCUUGUGUGAUCUGGAUCCUGCGGGACCGACGACGGUACGCCAUCCUCAGCGCCCCCUUUUUGGCCAUUUACAGUACGGCACUGGUGCUAGCUGCCUACCUCAGCGGGCUGCAGCUACAUCAGGAUGAGUUAUUCCCUGGCCUGCCCACCUCUGUGCUCCUUGACUUUGACCUGCACCACUCUGAAACGCCCUGCAUUCACCUGGGCGCAAAGGUCUUGUAUGCGUUCACCUUCUGGGUGCUACAGCGACAAAACCUGAAGGAGAAACAAGAAAAGCAGUUCCAGCAGAACGAGCCUCCAGUAGUCAAAGUGCUGCCAUCAGCCGAUGAAGGUAACUCUCUGACCCUGAUGGUUGUGUUGGGCUCGGUGGUCAGGGGUACCUUGGUCAAGUACUGGAUUUUGGUCUGCUGCUCCAUGUUUUUUGUUAUCAGCUUCUCGGGAAAGGUCGUGGUCUACAAAAUCCUCUAUAUUGUGCUCUUUCUUUUCUCUCUCGUCCUGUAUCAGGUGAAGUAUGAUGUGUGGAGACGGCUGUUGAAGUACUUCUGGGCAGUAGUUGUCGGCUACUCCAUGGUUGUCUUGAUAGCCAUCUACAUGUACCAGUUCCAGACUGUGAGCGGACUGUUCCGCCAGGUGAUGGGCAUGUCAGAGGAGGGUCUUCGUGACCUGGGUUUUGAGCAGUUUGACACCGUAGAGCUGUUUGCUCGGAUCCUACUGCCUGCAGCCUUCCUGCUCGCCUGCAUUCUGCAGCUGCACUACUUCAACUCAGAUUUCCUACGUCUCACAGACCUGGACAACGUAUCUGUUUCUUCAGUAAAGUCCAGAGAAGAAGACCUCACCAAGAAAGUAAACGCUAUAGCACAGAUUUUAAAGGCAAACCUCAACAAACUUCAAAAACGGCUUGCCAAGGAGCAGAUGAGCACCGAGAGUGUGGAUACCUUGGCUUCUGGAUCCCUGCCUGGUUCCAGGGAAAAGGAUCCUGGAACACACGAGGAAUGUCUGCAGAACGAGGACAGUGAGAUAGGCCAAUGGGGCUUGGUGGUGGAUCGUGCCAGUAUGCUGCUGCUUCAGGGCUUGCUGCUUCUCCGUCGGGCUCAGGAACUUCUUUGGAGGGUACUGGAGGUCCACAGCAUGAAGAUCAUCUCCACUGGCAUCAUCUGGGUGGCACUGAAGGAGGUAUGCCUGAUGAACUUCAUGUUCCUGGUACUCUGGGUCACCGCCUUGCCUUUCCCUCGUAUUCGCCCAUUGGCCUCAAGUGUCUCAUCAGUGUGGGCCUGUAUGAUGAUCGUCUGCAAAAUGAUGUACCAACUGAAAUUCAUUAAACCCCUUGAGUACUCCUCAAACUGCACUGUGUGGCUGACAUCUGUGAAUGAGACAUCAUUCAGCCGAAAUCAGGAGGAGCUGCUGAGAACCUCCAAGCUCUAUGUGGAACCCGUGGACCCAGCAGUGUGGCUGGGAGCCCUUCGGAAGUGUGACGACAAAAUCCUGCCCUGUCUUCAGAAUCACCUGAUGGUGCUGGGUCUUCUGGUGUUCGAUGUGACCGUGCACCGGCACCAACUUCACUACAGGCUCAGCAACAGCUUGAAGGCCCCUCUCACUAGUACCAUCUUCCAUGGGAUUACACGCCAACACUUUGAUCAGGGUAUUGGCCCUUGCCUCAAGUUCUUCACCAACUAUUUUUACUAUAAGUUUGGUCUAGAGGUGUGUUUUGUACUGGCAUUAAAUGUAAUCGGACAGCGCAUGGACUUCUGUGCUCUCUUCCACUCAUUCGCCCUAAUCGCCGUACUAUCGCGGCGUCGUAGGAAAGCCAUUGGAGAGGUGUGGCAUCACUACUGCUGCUUUACUGCCAGCCUCAUGGUGAUUCAAUACCUGCUGUGUGUUGGGAUCCCGCCAGCACUCUGCUAUGAUUAUCCAUGGAGGACCUUCAGCCAUGCCUUGACAUCAAACCUCAUCAAAUGGCUUUACCUGCCUGAUUUUGCUAUGCCACCAAACCCUGUCUUCAUCAUCUAUGACCACAUCCUGCUGCUGUGCUCAUCUCUUCAGUGGCAGGUGUUUCAGGAUGAGAACCGGGCAGCGGUACGCCUGCUGGCUGGAGAGAAUGUGGAAAUCAGCCGAAGCCUAGAUCCCCAGGCCCUCAGUCAAUACACCACUGUCAAAAACUUCCUACACUGCAGGUCAUACCUUGACAUGGUAAAGGUAUUUGUCUUCAGCUACUUCUUCUGGCUGGUGUUGAGCCUAAUUUUCAUCACAGGCACCACACGAAUCAACAUCUUUUGCAUGGGAUAUCUGGUGGCCUGCUUCUACUUCAUGCUUUUUGGUGGCAACUUGCUUAUGCAGCCGGUGCGCUACCUCCUGAGGCUCUGGGACUGGCUCAUUGGCUACACAUGCCUGGUGAUUGCCAUGAAGAAUCUUCUAUCUCUGGGGUCCUGUGUUUACCUAGAAGGCCUGGUGCACAAUGGUUGCUGGCUGAUACAAAUGUUCAGCAUGUUUUGCACAAUACGUGGCUAUGACACCCCACGCUCUGAUGACUCAUGUGAAUUGCCAGUGGGGGAGGCUGGGAUAAUCUGGGAUGCCAUUUGCUUCACCUUCCUCCUAGCACAACGGCGAGUCUUCCUCAGCUAUUACUUCCUUUAUGUGGUAUCUGACCUUAAAGCCUCCAAGAUCCUGGCUUCCAGGGGGGCUGAACUGUUUGAAGCAAAGGUGAAGAAGAGAAUAGCAGCAAGACUUGAGAUGGAGAAGAAGUCAGUGGAGACAUUAAAGAAACAGAUGGAGAAGAUUAAAUCUAAACAAAAGAGUCGUCCAGUCAAAGGAAACACCACAAAUGAGGCAAAAGGUGAGAGUGAAAAGGGUGAGAAAAGUGGUAAUGAGAAUUGGUGGCAGCCUUGGGUUUCCCACCCCUCUAUGGCAAACACUGGGCUGUACUACCUAUUUGAGUCUGACAGCGAGGAAGAAGAGGAGAUGUCACAGGACAAGGAAGAAGAGCAAGCCCUGCCUAAAAAAAAAACUGCAUUUCAGCUUGUUUAUGAGGCCUGGGUUACUAGCUCUAAAACUGCUCUGAAGAGACACAGGAAAGAUGAAUUCAGACUCCAAAAAGAAGAGAGGAAGAGAGCACGAACUGAGAUACAGAAAGAGCAGGAUUUUAAUGGAGAAGAGUCAAGUGAGGAUGAGCUGGAUCAAAGUCCUGAGGACAAUAUAGAAGAGGGGGGAGAAAAGCCAUUUCAGCGAUUCUUUGACUCAGUUAAGCUUCUUUGGAUUUUUAUCUUGUCACUACUGGAUGAUCUGACUGAUGGGCUGAAUUCACUGUGCAAAGACAGUCUAGACAUCUCCAGGGUGCUACGUUUUGAGAGGGCUCUUCUUAAUCAACAGCAGAAAAAGGGGAAGGAAGUGUCCCAGGAAAGUGUCAAGCAAUUUUACCAAAGCUGGAUGUCCAAGCAGAACACCAUGGUGUCCUUAGAGGAGGAACCAGAGCAUCAGCCACCCCCCUCCUCUCCUCCUGACGUGCCAUCUUCACCUCGUGGAUACGCCAAGUUGAAGAAUUCCAGCUCCAAGAUAUCUUGGGGUAGCAGCAUGUCUAGCUGCAUGACAGAGGAGACAAUGCUAGGGUCUCGGCAGCCUACGCAAGAUGACUUGGAAGAGACCCUCGAUGUGCCACAGCCUGCUAAUCAGCUGCGACGUAAACUUGUAAAAUCUGGAAAAAUUGACUUGCCCUCAUUUGAUGCAGAUGGAUCUUUUCUGAAUACUUCAGGACACGAAGAGUCAAAGGUCCAAAGUGAGGAGCUCAAAGACCAUGAUGAAGAGCUGAAUGCUCAUUGUGAGCAACUGAAGGAGAAGAAUGAAGGAUGCAGGGUCCCUGAAGAACAACUGGAAGAACAUAGUGGAGAGUUACACAUCUACUGUGAAGAGCUCGAGAACCCUGUCGAGCCACUUCGAGACCAGUGUGUAGAGCUGAAGCCCUGUGGUGAGGUUGCAAAGACCUGCGAUGAAGAUACGGAGGACGUUCAUGAAAAGUUUAUUGUACAUAGUGAAAGAACGGAACCCCACAGCAAAGAAGUGAAAGUCUGUGAGGAGGAAUAUACUGAAGAUUUGGAGCCCCCAGAGACCCUGUCAUUAGAAUGCUUACCAUGUAGUAUAGAGCUCAUCAAGAGAGAAGACACCCCAGAACCAGGUGUCCUCAGCCAGGAGACAAGAGCCCUCACAGCCAGCGAACUGUUACUGAACAAGAUGUUUGAUAAUGAAGAAAUUGAUGAGUCUGACAAGUUCUACUGCUCCUUACCAAGGUUUCUGCGUUUGAUGUUUGCUCUGUAUAACACCAUGGUGUCAAAAUCAGAGUGGCUGUGUUAUUUUGUGAUCAUACUGAAUCACAUGGUUUCUGCUUCUCUACUAACACUUGUGCUGCCCAUCCUAAUCUUCUUAUGGGCCAUGUUAUCUGUACCACGCCCAACCAAGCGCUUCUGGAUGACAGCCAUCAUCUACACUGAGCUUACUGUGGUAAUCAAGUAUUUCUUCCAGUUUGGUUUUUUCCCCUGGACCACUUCUGCUUACCGUGGCAUCAAUGCAGACCGUCCCUUCUGUCUGCCCAACAUCAUUGGGGUGGAGAAAAAAGAUGGCUAUGUCAUCUUUGACCUUUUGCAGCUUUUGGUUUUGUUUUUUCACAGAUCAAUUCUUAAGUGUCAUGGUCUCUGGGAUAACAAGGAGGUUGAAAUGCCUGACUUCUUCAAGAAAUUGAAAAGGAAAACAGAGAGGAACCGAGCAAACAGUGGAGCAAACCAUCAGGCCUCAUUCCUGCCUGCGGAGACAUCUAUGGGCUCAGUCUUACGAAGGAGGAGGAUGGGCAGUAGCUUUGAUGCCAAUGGGAAUGAAGAGCCAAAAAAGAAGAGAAACACCAAGAAAAACAGGCAUCGCCCCAAAGAACCACAGACCAUGAUGAAGAGACUCAAGCAGAAAAUCCGAGAGAGGAUGCUGGAGGUCAAAGCUGUAGUCAUAGAGGCAGCUCUACAUAUAUACCUGCCCAUCAGACAAUUCUUCUAUGACAUCAUCCACCCUGAGUACAGCCCCGUGUGCGAUGUCUAUGCUUUAAUGUUUUUGAUUGAUGUUGUGAACUUCAUUGUCAUCAUUUUUGGAUACUGGGCUUUUGGUAAGCACAGUGCUGCUGCUGACAUCACAGAGUCCCUCUCCGAAGACCAGGUUCCUGAGGCCUUCCUGGUCAUGCUGCUCAUCCAGUUUGGCACGAUGGUUGUCGAUCGAGCCCUUUACCUUCGUAAGACACUGCUGGGGAAAUGUGUAUUUCAGGUUGUCCUGGUCUUUGGAAUCCACUUCUGGAUGUUUUUCAUACUGCCUGGUGUCACAGAGAGGAGGUUCAACCAGAAUCAUGUUGCACAGUUGUGGUACUUUGUGAAAUGCAUCUACUUUGGCCUCUCGGCCUAUCAGAUCAAGUGUGGCUAUCCCAAUCGUGUUUUGGGUAAUUUCCUGACCAAGAACUACAACUACCUAAACCUGUUCCUGUUUCAAGGAUUCCGACUGAUCCCCUUCCUGACAGAGCUGCGUGCUGUGAUGGACUGGGUGUGGACAGACACCACUCUUAGCCUAUCGAGCUGGAUCUGCGUAGAAGACAUAUACGCCAACAUAUUUAUUCUGAAAUGCUGGAGAGAGUCUGAGAAGAAAUACCCUCAACCCCCCGGACAGAAGAAGAAGAAGGUUGUUAAGUAUGGCAUGGGUGGCUUCAUCAUCUUUGCCCUCAUCUGCAUUGUUUGGUUCCCACUGCUUUUCAUGUCCUUGGCUAAGUCUGUGGCUGGAGUGACCAAUCAGCCACUGGAUGUAUCAAUUCAGCUGAGUAUAGCAGGAUAUGAGCCACUUUUCACCAUGAGUGCCCAGGAGCAGAACCUGGUUCCCUUCUCUCACUCAGCCUACAACAAGCUCACCAAUCAGUAUGCCACACAUCCAGCCGCUAUGCAGUUCAUUGUAAACUACGUUGCUGAGGAUGUUGUCACGGCGAAGAUCAAGAGCGACGCCAGCUUGGUGUGGAGCAUCAGCCCUGCCAGUCGGCUAGCCAUGAUCGAGGAGCUCGCACAGUCCUCCCACGUGUACAUCACCCUGCGCUGGUCCCUUGUUAGGAAUGCCUCUAUCGCAAUGAAUGCAGAAACAGCAGGAGAGCGAACCGUCAAAUAUGAAGACAAGAAGAUGAUCGAUGAAAUUGUGGAGAUGCUCAAAGGGACUCGUUCUGAGCCUGCGAUCAUCCAAUCACUGCUGCCAAAGUACAUCAGGGGUCCCUCAGGGCCAGAGGCUAAGGUGGCCCACCGACUGGAAACUGAGAAUCUGGAGCGCUCUCAGGGUUUGGCUCUCUUUCGCCCGCUGGCUAUCAAGCUACAGAAGGGUAAUGGGAGCACAGAGACUCAGUGGUGGGUUGUGCAAGAGUGUCUCCCAAACCAACUGCAGAAAAGCUGCCACAGUAUUGAGAUGGUGAUCUUCAGUGACAAAGUCAGCCCCCCGAGUCUGGGUUUCCUGGCAGGAUAUGGCAUUGUAGGACUCUACAUGUCAGUGGUGCUGGUGAUUGGGAAGUUUGUGCGCGAGUUCUUCAAUGGAAUCUCACGCUCCAUAAUGUUCGAAGAACUGCCUUGCGUGGACCGGGUCCUGAAACUGUGCACUGACAUCUUCGUGGUGCGUGAGACCGGAGAGAUGGAACUGGAGGAACAGCUCUUUGCCAAACUCAUCUUCCUCUACCGCUCUCCUGAAACUAUGAUCAAGAUGACUCGUGAAAAGGAGAGCAACUGAUUCAACCGAUGCGCUGAGAUUCUAUCUCAAUAAUAAUAUUAAAGAAUGCAGCUGAAUAUUUGACUAAACCCUGAAAUAUAAAUUUGUUUUAACAUAUAAAAGCCAUCAGAAAAGUAAUUGUGCAACCAGUGAACAGGAGAAACAGCUCAGCAUCUGUACAAGUGUUCAUAUCUUUAAUAAACAAAGAAUGUGUAAAUCUGUAAAAAAAAAAAACUGAAAUGCAAAUACUGGGAUCGUCCUGAGCCGUUUUGGAUCAACUGGGAGACAGAUGCUACUUUUAAAUAUAUUUACCAAACUACACGUUACAAAAAGCCCAGACCUGCUCACUGUGUAAACCUGCACAUGAAGAGAAAACCACCAUGACAACUUCCUAAAUCUCCAAGGACAUUUUUACCACUGUAAACCAAAUGCAUCCCCUAAUGAGAGUGUAAUGUAUGUUAACAUGAGAACAUGAAAUAAAAUACGACAUGCGUAUUUUUAAUAUUUUAAAACUGGGCAUGUAUUGUACAUAAACUGUCGCCAGUUUCAUGUGUGGUUUUAGGCCUAUAUUGUGGAACACAUCUUGUAUGUUACAUGUAUUAAUUUAACUGACACAU